ACAAAACGUGAGGGAGCUCUCUCCCCAAAUCACACCCACUUCUCUAUCCGAUCGCCAACUCCCACUGACGCUCCCCUCACCAGCUCACCUCUCGAGAGAUCGCCAAGAAGCGGCGCCGGCGGCGAGCUCCACGGCCAUGGGGUACAAAUACACGCCGACGUACUACUCGGGCCUGCAGGACACCAUCGCGUCCCUGUGCAAGUCCAUCCUGCCCUCCUUCCGCGUGGGACGCCGCCUCACCGCCGACCAGGCCGCCGCGCGCCGCCACGCCGAGCAGCUCAAGUGGCAGCAGGAGUCCUUCCACCGCAUCCUCCACCUCGCCGCGCUCCACCGCGAGGGAAUCGUCCCAGCCUCCGACGUCGCCGCCUUCCGCGGCCCCAUGCUCGCCGCGCUCGCCGCGCCGCCGCAGCACCCCGAGCAGCCCGCCGUGCUGCGCGACAAGCUCCUCUUCCUCCAGGAGCUCCUCUACGCCAAGUGCAUCUCGGCCGCCGAGUACAACGCCUCCAAGGCGCCCCUCGUGCAGCGCCUCGCCGCGCUCGGCGUCGUCGUCGACUGCCCCGACGCGGAGGUCUCCGCCGAGGAGUGGUCGGAGAUCGACCUCCGGGACCCACCUCCCCCCGCCCCCGCGGCGGCAUCCGACAAGCCGAAGCACAAGGCCUUCAUCACGCCAUGGAAGAGCAGAUCCAACAAGGAGCAGGACGCGAACAGCGCGUCAAGGCCGCCGCUGGCCCCGGUGGACCAGAAUAACGCCAAGAACGCGUCGGUCCUCAUGGCCGAGAGCUCGCCGUCGGAAGCCGCGCCCUCCGGGAAGGCCGAGAAGGGGAAGAGGAGGCAUCUCGCAGCGAUGUUCAACAGCGGCGGCAAUGGCUGCGAGAACAAGGACCCCGCGGGGGAGGAGGGGAUCGAUGACAAGGAGACGGCGAAAGGCAAGAAGAAGAGCUCGUGGGGGUUCGAUGGGCUCAAGAAAUGGAAGAAAGCUGGUUGUAGCAAUGGCGAGGCAGCAGCCACCGGUGAGCAGCCGGAGCGUGCUCUGCCGCGGCCAUCGUACAGCGAGUGCCGGCUCGAGGCGAGCCCCAUGGCUGCCUCUGGCCCGGAUGCCAAGAGGGCCAAGACGAAGCUGCACUCGGCGACGGGUGAUGAGUCCGCUUCCGAGUUGCUGCAUGAUAAGGUUCUGGUGGAGAACACAAAGAAGGAGCUCUCAAGGAUUCAGGCUGAGCUAUCAUCUACAAAUCGGAACUUGAACUUCUCGGAUCAGCAAAUCGAGGCCAUCUCUACAAAGCUUCCGGUGGACAAGUCUGACCUCAAGCCCUUCUUCCCAAAGGCAUGGUGUGAUCAGCAUGGGGACGGUGUGAUCACUGCAGCGAAGAAAGAAUUCAAGGAGCAUGUCGAAGAGAUGGAGAAGCAGAGGGACAUCACUGGCAAUGAGGGCUGGGCUACCUUUGAGGACAUCGACCUUGAUGACAACUUUAACCCCAGGUCCUUCUCUCAGCAUCAGCCAGACUCAGCGGUGAAGGGGAACAAAGACAAUGAAAGCCUCACCAGCAGUUUCACAAACCCCUUCUACAACAAGAACCCGUUCUUGAACACAAACUACAACUGAUUGUCAGACUAGUGAAUGAUGUUUGGGUCUCGCGUUGGGAUGUAUCGUUUCGUUUACAUUAUGGUUACCGCUUAGGUUCAAUUGUUAUAUUGGACCAAGGUUGCUGUCAAUGAUGUAAGUUGUAUGGCGGGAGCGUGUAGUUCCCUUUGAUUAAUCAUUUACCCUUGAUAUCUAUGAAUGCACAGCCAAUUUUUC